UAGCCCAGAAGACACGGGUGGGGUGGCGAAGGAGAGUCUGUCUUAGAAGGAGGGCUGUCUUACCGUCUCACACACGUUUAAGUGUUUUUUGUUGGGUUGGUGAGAGAGGCCGAAAGGUUGGUUUGGAGUUAGCAGGUGAACGCUACGAAGCAAACAUGAUGGCCGGCUCCAUUCUGGUGGUUCUGGUUGUGGUUCUACUAGGUGGAAAGGCUUCUAGAGGAAGUGUUGUAAAAGCAGAGAGCUAUGAUUACUACAAAUACCACCCUAUGGAAGAGAUCAGCGCCUGGAUGCAGGACAUUGAGAUGCAGAACCCUGGGGUUGUGUCCUCCCAGAUGUACGGACAUACCUACGAGAAACGGAACAUCACGCUCAUGAAGAUCGGCCUGAGUUCCACAGAGAGCAAGAAGGCUAUCUGGAUGGACUGUGGCAUACACGCUCGAGAGUGGAUAUCCCCUGCUUUCUGCCAGUACUUUGUUAAAGAGAUUCUCCGAACCUACAAGACAGAUACCAAGGUGAACGAAAUGUUAAAAAAUCUAGAUUUUUACAUCACCCCAGUGCUGAAUGUAGAUGGCUACAUCUACUCUUGGAAAGACCCAACAACCAGGCUAUGGAGAAAAUCCAGAUCCCCAGGACCAGUUGGCUGUAAUGACCCUCUCUGCUACGGCACGGACCUCAACCGCAACUUCUACGCUAACUGGGGCAUGGUCGGGGUGUCUAGGAACUGCUGCUCUGAGGUGUACAACGGGGUCAGAGCGCUUUCGGAGUCAGAGGCCGUGGCGGUCACCGACUUCCUGGGGAGCGGGACUGACUUCCUGUGUUUCCUCACCAUUCACUCCUAUGGACAGCUGAUCCUGGUACCCUACGGCCAUCCCAACAUCAGCGCACCCAACUACCCUGAGCUGAUGGAGGUGGGUUUAGCAGCUGCUAAGGCCAUUAAGGGGGUCCAUGGAAUGGACUACACAGUGGGGACUUCACCAAAUGUGCUCUACCCAAACUCUGGCUCGUCCCGUGAUUGGGCGCGAUUGAUCGGCAUCCCCUACUCCUUCACCUUUGAGUUGCGGGACAAGGGCGACCACGGUUUCGAGCUCCCUGCGGACCAAAUCCAGCCCACUUGUGAGGAGGCGUACGCUGGCACCCAGUCCAUCCUCACUUACGUCCACGACAAGACCUUCCACAACGCCGCCGCCACCGUCACCCUCUCACUGUGGGCAGCUCUAAUCGUCGCCUGGGCCUCUACUGCCACCCUACUGUGAGACAAGU